AUGGCGCGUUGGCGUGUUGGUCUCGAGGCUCAGAAAGCCGCCUUGAAGUGGGAUGAUAGUUCUAAUACUAUUGGGAUCAAAAUUGAGGGAGGAGGCAGUGACAAUGCCAUCCCUCAGCCUCGCGCACAAGGCUCCGGGAAUAAAAGUGAUUCUUCCAAGCCCCAUCUCCAGAAUCUACAUCGUCAUGAUUAUGAUGGCGGUAUUUCGUUCAUCCAUCUAGCCUCCUCGUCACGGCCUCGCUCUCAUCGGAUGAUUGUAGAGGAAGAGAGCGAUGAAGAAGCAGACCCAUACAACCCUUGGACGCCCCCUAUAUAUACUGGCCACGAGCUUGACUUCGAUACACCUGCCGUGGAUGCGCCUGCUGCUGAAACCCCUGUCAUUGACUCGCAUAUCAUUAGCGAGACUGUUGACAGAAACAGUAACAAAGGAGAAGGGUCUAAAAUGACCUGCAUCUAUUCGCAGCUUUAA